AUGUCAUUGUUGUCAAAAUGUGUAAUUCUAUAGACUCUUACAUAAGCGGAUCUAUAACUGAAAAUCACUGACUCCAAUCACGUUUAACCAACCCCUCUAUUCCCAUCUAGGAAAACAUAGAGCUUGCAUUAGAUGACAUAGAGUCCAGUACCUCAAUGUCUGUAGCAGCUAUAGACCAAGCAUCAACCCAAGCGCUGGUAAGGAGAAUCUCUCUGUGCCUCUUUUGAAUGUACAGUAUCAGGAGUGGACUUUAUCUUGGAUUUCAUCAUGUUGUGAGCAUCAAGUGGGGUUAAACACAGUCCUUACUCUAUCUCUUCUUUGCCAAUGAUAGGGCUUCCCCUAAUUCAAAUUGAGUCUUGAACUUUUUGACUCUGUCAGACAAAUGACUGUGUGUAAGCCAUGUCAGGCUUAUUACCUCCAUCCAAUUAACUUGGCUUUUGAUUGUUUGUUUGUUUGUUUUUAUUUAGGUUUUAUCCUAGCAGUUUAGUUUUUGGAAUUCAUCCCACAUCAUCAAAGAUAUUAAUUGCAGUCAGUUUGAUUCCUUUCCCCCUCAAUGAGUUGAGAGCCUUUUUCAGUCAGGGUUGGCUUCUCAGAGCAAAGCCAUCCAAUUCAGUUUAUUUAUGAGACGACUCUGCAUGGCACGCGCUCUUAACCGAAGUGUGUUGCAUUGAUGUGUAUUGGCCUGCGAAAGUGACAUUAACAAGAAUUAGAUCAAAGUGAAUGAGGAUGGGGUUCACAGGAAUUUAUUGAAAAGUAGAGACGAAAGUAAAUAACUGUUUGUGUGUGUGCGUGGGUUUGCGUGUGUGUGCUUGUGUGUUUGUGUGUAUGUGAUUGAAUGAGUGCACAAGGGCACGCAGGACCAAACACAGCUGUAAGUCGGACAAACAAACAAACAGCAUUGAACCAGCGGCAGACUUAUUGGAAACCAGCUCAAACUCCAAGAAAAGAACAAGAGAGCUAUAGACCUAGAUGUGGAGUGCCUGAAAAAAUGCCAUAUUAGAAUCCAAGUUAUAUCCACAGGUCAUUCACAUCCAGCUUGCAGUGUCAAAACAUCUGUAAGGGUAUAGGAUCGUUCUGAAUAAGACGUUCUUAUUUCUCAUCUCUCUCUGAAAAGGAUCUGGAGAUAUACCUGACUUGGCAAUUAAUUAGUUGACUGCUACUAGAGAAACCAACACAGUACAACAGAUCUGCAGUGCUUCUAGCAGUUAAAUAAUUAAAUUGGCAAAUAAUUAAAAAAGGCUUUAGCUUCAGUAGCUUGUUCUUGUGAAGUAGCCUUGCCUGCACCUCCCUCCAGCCACAAAGAGAUUUAAUGAGUCCACCAAAGAGGUGUCUACACUCUCACAUAGACUAAUACCACCAUUCAUUAUCAAAGUGGACUGUCAGAGAGCAAGGUUUCAAAAUGCUCCACUGCCCAGGAGUUUAUUUGAAUACCAGCUCUAUAAUGAGGAAGCCAUGGACAGACUCAUCUCUCUUAUAGCUUUCUACUUCCCAAAACAUUGUGAUUGCCUUUACAAAAUGACUUGUUUUGUUACAGAAAUGUACAACAGAGAUGUUGAAUCAUAUUAGGCCGUUUGAACACAGUGCUGGUGCAUAAUUAAGAGUUUCUACAAAUGUCACAGCAAAGCAGGUGUAAUGUUAUGGCAACACUGGGCCAGGGCUAAAGGCUGUGUUGUGACAUUUAAACGAGGAGUAAAACAUAAUAAUUGGAGACUAGGUUGCUUUAUUGGUUUUGGAGAGUGUUGCUGUGUAUGGAGUUAACAGUGUCGUGAAUGGAUGGAUGAGAGGAGCUGUUGAUGACUGGUGGAGUGGAGAUGGGUGAGCGUCUCUGUGCUGUUGUGGUCUAAUGUGUGUGUCUGAGGUGCUUGUGAAAGCUGCACCUGCAUGUUGGACUGAGCUGUGGCCCUAAGCUUUCUGCACAGCUACUUCACUUGUGUUUGUGUUAGACUCAAGUGAUAGAUCCCCACCUCUCUAACCUGUGUGUGUUUCUGCGGUGGUCCCAGGUGCGCACCCUGGCGAGGACAGAUGAGGCUCGAGGUCUGCUGUGGCUGAUGGAGGAGGAGGCUGUGCAGCCAGGGGGCUCUGAGGACACUCUGCUGGAGAGACUCUUCAGUUACUAUGGCCCCGACCAGGGGGACAACAAGGGACACGCCCUACUCCUGAAGAGCGACAAGCCACGUCAUUUCCUGUUGGGCCACAGCCACGGGACGGACUGGGUGGAGUACGAUGCUCAGGGUUGGCUGAGCCACGCCAAGCAGAACCCCGCCUCCCAGAACGCUGCCACUCUGCUGCAGGACUCACAGAAGUACGCAUUUAAUUCACUGAUUGUUCUCCAAAGUAGCACUUUACAAAGAAAAUAUACUUACCUAUUUGUCUGUCUCUCUCUCUCUCUCUCUCUCUCUCUCGCUCUCUCUCUCUGUCUCUCUCUCUCUAACAGGAAAAACAUCAGCAGUCUGUUCUCUAGUCGUAGUGGAGGGCCCACAGUGCUGUCUGGCUCCAUCGCAGGGCUGGAGGGGGGAUCUCAGCUGGCCCUCCGCAGAGCCACUAGCAUGAGGAAGACCUUCACAACCGGCAUGGCCGCCGUCAAGAAGAAGAGCCUCUGCAUCCAGAUCAAACUGCAAGUGGUGAGUGUAUGACAAUUAAGCGUUAUACAAAUAAAACUAUAUAUAAAAAAAAGAUAUACCGUAUUUUCCGCACUAUAAGGCGCACCGGAGUAUAAGCCGCAGCAGCUAAAUUGAAUGAUAUUGAAUGAUGUGUACAUAUAUAAGCCGCACUGGACUAUAAGCCGCAGGUGUUUUAAUGUUUAAUUACCAUAUGUAAGGGUUCGUGCACAGAGGGGAUUGUCGGGAAAGAGACAAACUGUCUCGCUCUCGUAAUGUCUGUCUGUCUUGCUCUCGUUCUGUCUCUCGUUCUGUCUCUCGUACCACUCUCGGUUCCACUUUUACUUUUGCGCGCUACCUGUCUCACUCUUUUCCGGCCUCCAGCUUUUCCUGCUGGAGCCCGCCGCUUAAAGGUGGGGGGCGCGGACCGGUCAUAGAGCCCAUAGAGUUAAAGUUGGUGGAAUGUAACCUGUAAAAUCCGUAGAUUUUGGAGGUCUUCUAGUGGCCGUUAGCUGUAAAAAAUCCAUAGAUUAGCCGCACCGUUAUAUAAGCCGCAGGGUCGAAAAAUUGGAAAAAAGGCGCGGCUUAUAGUCCGAAAAUUACGGUACAUUCAAAUGUGUACAAACUUAAGUCUUUGUUUUAAUGAAUGUGUGUUUUUGUGUGUGAGUGUAAGUGCUUUAACUCCCUGUCCUCCGUCUCUCCAGGAUGCUCUGCUGGACACGGUGCGCAGGUCCAGGGUUCACUUUGUCCACUGCCUGCUGCCCAAGGCAGAUGCGGUGGGGGUGGGUGGGGAGCCGCGCGUAGCCCAUGGAGAGAGCUGCGACUCAGGCCUCAUGCAGCUGGAUGUGGGCCUUCUGAGGGCUCAGCUCCGUGGAUCUAAGCUUAUCGACGCCCUGCGCAUCUACAGGCAAGGUAGGACUGGACACCACCCAAGUCAAGUCAAGCUGAGUCAUGGGAGGGACAUUUUCCCCAUUAAUUAUUCUUAUUGAAUUGUAUAAUUCAUCAAAAUGAUUAAAUAAAUGUUGACCUUGUUCUGUCUUUUCCAUAAAGGAUACCCUGAUCACAUGGUGUUCUCCGAGUUCCGACGGCGCUUCGACGUGCUGGCGCCCCACCUGACCAAAAAGCACGGGCGCCACUACAUUGUCACAGACGAGAAGAGGGUGAGUGUCGAGGCGUUCCCUCCACCUCGUAAACGAGUGAUAAUAUAAAGGCCUCCCUCCUUUCCUCCCUCUCUUCUCCCCCUCCCUCCCCCUCCUAGAUCUGCUCUUGUGUGUAAUUAAUUAUGAUUACACUGGCUGGCAGCAUAUGGUUGGUGUGCUGAUGAAUUACGUGCAGCACAGAGAGAUAGCUCUCUCUCUCUGUGCUUCCCUUCAUCUCUUCUUCCUCUCUCUCUGUCUUCAGUACCUACUGUAUAGUGGAAUAGUACUAAAGCUAUUAACCUACCCUACCUACUCAGAUGUGUGGUUAAAACUUAGGAAUCUAGUAAAAAUAUUUUCAGAUGUAGAAAUAUGAAAUAUGUUCAAUAUCUACUGAUGUAGCUGGAAUUGAAGAAAUGGAAUAGACAGUCUCUUGGCUGAAAUGUGUUAUUUUCAUUGUUGUGUAAGGAGGUUGUGUUUUUGAAGUAGAGCAGUUAAAGAGGCCCUCUCUGUCACAGCUAAAACAUACAGUGAGCUAUGGAAGCGUUAAAGAGGAAACAAGACUCCUUGGAGACAUGCUUAGGAAGAAUAGCCUGCUCAGAAAUAAUUAAUGGACAAAAAGGUACUUCAUUCUCUGGGGAUAGACAGACCGAGAGGGAGAGAGUGAGGAGAGACAGAAAGAGAAAGAGAGGGAGAUACAGCUCAGCUGGUAGAGCACGGCGCUUGUAACGCCAAGGUAGUGGGUUCGAUCCCCGGGACCACCCAUACACAAAAAUGUAUGCACGCAUGACUGUAAGUCGCUUUGGAUAAAAGCGUCUGCUAAAUGGCAUAUUAUUAUUAUUAUUAUUAUUAUUAUUAUUAUUAUUAUUAUUAUUAUACAGUGCCUUGCAAAAGUAUUCAUCCCCCUUGGCGUUUUUCCUAUUUUGUUGCAUUACAACCUGUAAUUUAAAUGGAUUUUUAUUUGGAUUUCAUGUAAUGGACAUACACAAAAUAGUCCAAAUUGGUGAAGUGAAAUUAAAAAUAUAACUUGUUUCAAGAAAUUCUAAAAAAUAAAUAACGGAAAAGUGGUGCGUGCAUAUGUAUUCACCCCCUUUGCUACGAAGCCCCUAAAUAAGAUCUGGUGCAACCAAUUACCUUCAGAGGUCACAUAAUUACAUUUACAUUUAAGUCAUUUAGGAGACACUCUUAUCCAGAGCGACUUACAGUUAGUGAGUGCAUACAUUAUAUAUACAGUGGGGAGAACAAGUAUUUGAUACACUGCCGAUUUUGCAGGUUUUCCUACUUACAAAGCAUGUAGAGGUCUGUAAUUUUUAUCAUAGGUACAAUUCAACUGUGAGAGACGGAAUCUAAAACCAAAAUCCAGGAAAUCACAUUUUAUGAUUUUUAAGUAAUUAAUUUGCAUUUUAUUGCAUGACAUAAGUAUUUGAUCACCUACCAACCAGUAAGAAUUCCGGCUCUCACAGACCUGUUAGUUUUUCUUUAAGAAGCCCUCCUGUUCUCCACUCAUUACCUGUAUUAACUGCACCUGUUUGAACUCGUUACCUGUAUAAAAGACACCUGUCCACACACUCAAUCAAACAGACUCCAACCUCUCCACAAUGGCCAAGACCAGAGAGCUGUGUAAGGACAUCAGGGAUAAAAUUGUAGACCUGCACAAGGCUGGGAUGGGCUACAGGACAAUAGGCAAGCAGCUUGGUGAGAAGGCAACAACUGUUGGCGCAAUUAUUAGAAAAUGGAAGAAGUUCAAGAUGACGGUCAAUCACCCUCGGUCUGGGGCUCCAUGCAAGAUCUCACCUCGUGGGGCAUCAAUGAUCCUGAGGAAGGUGAGGGAUCAGCCCAGAACUACACGGCAGGACCUGGUCAAUGACCUGAAGAGAGCUGGGACCACAGUCUCAAAGAAAACCAUUAGUAACACACUAUGCCGUCAUGGAUUAAAAUCCUGCAGCGCACGCAAGGUCCCCCUGCUCAAGCCAGCGCAUGUCCAGGCCCGUCUGAAGUUUGCCAAUGACCAUCUGGAUGAUCCAGAGGAGGAAUGGGAGAAGGUCAUGUGGUCUGAUGAGACAAAAAUAGAGCUUUUUGGUCUAAACUCCACUCGCCGUGUUUGGAGGAAGAAGAAGGAUGAGUACAACCCCAAGAACACCAUCCCAACCGUGAAGCAUGGAGGUGGAAACAUCAUUCUUUGGGAAUGCUUUUCUGCAAAGGGGACAGGACGACUGCACCGUAUUGAGGGGAGGAUGGAUGGGGCCAUGUAUCGCGAGAUCUUGGCCAACAACCUCCUUCCCUCAGUAAAAGCAAUGAAUAUGGGUCGUGGCUGGGUCUUCCAACAUGACAACGACCCGAAACACACAGCCAGGGCAACUAAGGAGUGGCUCCGUAAGAAGCAUCUCAAGGUCCUGGAGUGGCCUAGCCAGUCUCCAGACCUGAACCCAAUAGAAAAUCUUUGGAGGGAGCUGAAAGUCCUUAUUGCCCAGCGACAGCCCCGAAACCUGAAGGAUCUGGAGGUCUGUAUGGAGGAGUGGGCCAAAAUCCCUGCUGAAGUGUGUGGCAAACCUGGUCAAGACCUACAGGAAACGUAUGAUCUCUGUAAUUGCAAACAAAGGUUUCUGUACCAAAUAUUAAGUUCUGCUUUUCUGAUGUAUCAAAUACUUAUGUCAUGCAAUAAAAUGCAAAGGAAUUACUUAAAAAUCUUACAAUGUGAUUUUCUGGAUACUUGUUCUCCCCACUGUGUAUAUAUAUAUAUAUAUAUAUAUAUAUAUAUAUAUAUAUAUAUAUAUAUAUAUAUAUAUAUAUAUAUAUAUCGUACCCACAACCCUGGCAUUGCAAACGCCAUGCUCUACCAACUGAGCUACAUCCCUGCCGGCCAUUCCCUCCCCUACCCUGGACGAAGCUGGGCCAAUUGUGCGCCGCCCCAUGGGUCUCCCGGUCGCGGCCGGCUACGACAGAGCCUGGAUUCGAACCAGGAUCUCUAGUGGCACAGCUAGCACUGCGAUGCAGUGCCUUAGACCACUGCGCCACUCGGGAUUAGUUAAAUAAAGUUAAUUAGUAAAUUAAUAAAAUUAGUUAAAUAAAGUCCACCUGUGUGCAAUCUAAGUGUCACAUGAUCUGUCACAUGAUCUCAGUAUAUAUACACCUGUUCUGAAAGGCCCCAGAGUCUGCAACACCACUAAGCAAGGAGCACCACCAAGCAUGCGGCACCAUGAAGACCAAGGAGCUCUCCAAACAGGUCAGGGACGAAGUUGUGGAGAAGUACAGAACAGGGUUGGGUUAUAGAAAAAUAUCCGAAACGUUGAACAUCCCACGGAGCACCAUUAAAUCCAUUAUUAAAAAAUGGAAAGAAUAUGGCAUCACAAUAAACCUGCCAAGAGAGGGCCGCCCACCAAAACUCACAGACCAGGCAAGGAGGACAUUAAUCAGAGAGGCAACAAAGAGACCAAAGAUAACCCUGAAGGAGCUGCAAAGCUCCACAGCGGAGAUUGGAGUAUCUGUCCAUAGGACCACUUUAAGCCAUACACUCCACAGAGCUGGGCUUUACAGAAGAGUGGCCAGAAAAAAGCCAUUGCUUAAAGAAAAAACGAAGCAAACACGUUUGGUGUUCGCCAAAAGGCAUGUGGGAGACUCCCCAAACAUAUGGAAGAAGGUACUCUGGUCAGAUGAGACUAAAAUUGAGCUUUUUGGCCAUCAAGGAAAACGCUAUGUCUGGCGCAAACCCAACACUUCUCAUCACCCUGAGAACACCAUCCCCACAGUGAAGCAUGGUGGUGGCAGCAUCAUGCUGUGGGGAUGUUUUUCAUAGGCAGGGACUGGGAAACUGGUCAGAAUUGAAGGAAUGAUAGAUGGUGCUAAAUACAGGGAAAUUCUUGAGGGAAACCUGUUUCAGUCUUCCAGAGAUUUGAGACUGGGACGGAGGUUCACCUUCCAGCAGGACAAUGACCCUAAGCAUACUGCUAAAGCAGCACUCGAGUGGUUUAAGGGGAAAUAUUUAAAUGUCUUGGAAUGGCGUAGUCAAAGCCCAGACCUCAAUCCAGUUGAGAAUAUGUGGUAUGACUUAAAGAUAGCUGUACACCAGCGGAACCCAUCCAACUUGAAGGAGCUGGAGCAGUUUUGCCUUGAAGAAUGGGCAAAAAUCCCAGUGGCUAGAUGUGCCAAGCUUAUAGAGACAUACCCCAAGAGACUUGCAGCUGUAAUUGCUGCAAAAGGUGGCUCUACAAAGUAUUGACUUUGGGGGGUGAAUAGUUAUGCACGCUCAAGUUUUCUUAUUUCUUGUUUGUUUCCCAAAAAAAAAUGUUUUGCAUCUUCAAAGUGGUAGGCAUGUUGUGUAAAUCAAAUGAUACAACCCCCCCAAAAAUCCAUUUUAAUUCCAGGUUGUAAGGCAACAAAAUAGGAAAAAUGCCAAGGAGGGUGAAUACUUUCGCAAGCCACUGUAUAGAGAACUCAAACAAAGCCUCUCUCUCAGAGCUGGAAGCAUGUCUGUCACUUCCUCUUAGCUUGGGCUGUGUUACUGUGGCUGUGUUACUGUAGCUGUGUUACUGUAGCUGUGUUACUGUAGCUGUGUUACUGUGGCUGUGUUACUGUAGCUGUGUUACUGUAGCUGUGUUACUGUAGCUGUGUUACUGUAGCUGUAGUGACUUCAUCCUCCACUGAGCCUGUUUACCUACCAAACCCAGUACUCCUGCUGAUAUCCUCUCUGCAAAAAGUCCUUUAAGUAACUGUCCACUGUCCACUUUUAAAAGUUCAUAUAAUGUGGUUGACUCAUCCUAUACUCAUAUUUGUGGCCAGAGCAUAAAUAAAUAAAAUACUAUUGUUUUUAAACACCUCAUACAGACUGUUUAAAAAAUGCUUGCUGUUUCCUCAGAGAGGAUGAUGUCAUCCUCCUGAGGAGGAUGAGCUGGCCAAUCAGUGGGCUACUCGUAUGAAUACUUUUAAUGACCAUGUUGGGAAGAGAACACAGAAAAGCUGCUUUUUAACAUACUUCAUUAAGUUUUUUUUAAAAUAAAACUAUUUCACUCAUAUUAUAAUUCAUUAUUGGUCAUAUUUCAUAGAAAUCUGGAAACACUGGACAGUUACUUUUAAAACAGCUAAUUCUAUUCAACUCAACUCCCACCCUCCCCCUUGAGGCUCCAGCUAUCUUCCAACUUCACUUUGUACUCAAACUUUAAAGACCCUCCUCCUCCUCUCCAGUGACUGAUUUAGAGACAGUACACAGUCCAUAUUUAGACCAUUAGUGACCUGAAUCAAAUCAAAUCAAAUGUUAUUUGUCACAUGCUCCGAAUACAACAGGUGUAGACCUUACCGUGAAAUGCUUACUUACAAGCCCUUACCCAACAAUGCAGUUUUAAGAAAAUAGAAUUAAGAAAAUAUUUACAAAAUAAACUAAAGUAAAAAAAUUAAAUAAAGUUACACAAUAAAAUAACAAUAAUGAGGCUAUAUACAAGGAGUAACGGUACCGAGUCAAUUUGCGGGGGUACAGGCUAGUCGAGGUAAUUUGUACAUGUAGGUAGGGGUAAAGUGACUAUGCGUAGAUAAUAAACAGCAAGUAGCAGCAGUGUAAAAACAAAGAGACAUGGAGGUUACAGAUAGCUAGCUAGCUUGGUGCCUUAGCUGUAGCUUUGUUCGCUUGGUUGUUUUGGUCUGUGGUCUCCUGUUGUAUAGGCUGAUGUUAGGGGAGCGUGCCUGUUGCUAUGACGCUGUGUGCAGUCCUUUGGGGUGACGACAGAGGGGAGCUGACUUUACCAGAGCACUGUCUGUCUGUUUGUCCAUUGCUGUUGAUCUCUUCAUUGAUCUGUCUGUCUGUCCAUCUGUUUGUUUCAGGCUGUGGAGGAGCUGUUGGAGUCUCUGGACUUGGAGAACAGCAGUUACCACAUGGGCCUGAGCAGGGUAAGUAACACACAGACACAGACAGACACUCUGCAUCUCAAAACACAAAUUGUCUAUGUCUCAAAAGUUAAGAGAACAACUCACAUUAGGAGAGAAUAUGUAAACUAAUAAUGAACUAUGUAUAAACCAUUAAUAAAUUAUUCGUAAAAGUGUAAUGACUACAGGUGACACUAUGACAAUAGGUGUGAAGGCUUAGCACAAUCUAAAUUAGGCCCUAGGUGUUCUGUCUCUGCCUGGGAGGCACAGCUGUUUACCCAGCAUGCCCUUCUCUCUGGAAUCAUGGGUGGUUCCAUGCUGGGUCCCUGGGCUGGCAGCCUUUGUCUGUUAGUUGGCGGUUGGCAACACUGGGAGACAAUUACCCCCCCCCCCCCCCCCCCCCACACACACACACACACACACACACACACACACACACUGAUCAGGCUUGACUUUAAGUUGGGCCGGGGGAAAGGUUGCUCCACAGUUCUUCUGCUUCUUCAGAAGAAAAGAAGUCUGGCUUUCUCUUUGUUGUUUUCCCUCCUGUUGCCCCCUGUAGCCAUUGAUUUUGGCAGGCGAUAGCUCUCUUUGUUUGUGGCGCUUCGCCGUGGCACGCCGAUAACCCUCCACAAACACCAAUCAGCACAGUGAGAUUCAAUCCUUUCAGAUGCAAAAGAGAAAAUCCAAAGGAAAUGACAGGCUGAUAAAUUGCUAAUUAGCGGAGGAGGCUUUUUCAGAAUGUCUCCGGAAUAGAGGACAGCGGGAAGUAUUGUUCUGAAGUAAACAGUAGGAAAAGGGUGUUUAGGGAAGUUUGACAUUGGCAAUGUGUGUGCGUGUGUGUGCGUGCCUUCCCAUCUCUCGUCAUGCUGAGAAAAAUGGACGAGAGGCUGCGGUUACUGACAAAACAACAAGCCCCAAGUGAUCUCAGUCGACCUUUAGAGUUGCAUUCAGAGACAAAGAGGUCCAAUAUGUUCCCCAUGUUCCUUCACCCACGCUGACACUCAUUGCUAUGCAGAAGGUCAUCCCGCUCUGGGGGAAGGCCUGUGUGACUAGGCCUUUUACUGUGACACAUCACACAUCCCAUUGGCGUUGCUCAGCGGUUGCAUCACUAGCGGGUCGUGAUGGUGGGUGGGAAAGUCCCAGGCUGGAGAGUAUUCUCUCAGCUCCUCGUCGUGAUGUGAUAGUGUGUCUGUGUGUUCUACUCAGUCUACUGUAUAGGAAUAGGUAAAGAGAAAGGGGGAUACCUAGUCAGUUGCACGACUGAAUGCAUUCAACCGAAAUGUGUCUUCCACAUUUAACCCAACCCCUCAGAAUCAGAGAGGUGCGGGGGACUGCCUUAAUCAACAAUCCAUGUCAUCGGCUCCCAGGGAGCAGUUAGAAGUGUGCAUUAUUAAUGCAAGCAUACCAUGCAAGCUGUUGAUUUGUUAACAUGCCAUUUUGGAUCCAUUUAACUUGUAUGAUAACAGAAUGCCCGUACAGUGUAUGAUAAGUCCUCUACUACUGAAUAGAGGUAGCAAAUUCAAUCCGAUGUGCUAUUCUCUGGCGGUAAAGACAUCCCUCUCCAGUCUGACGCGUUGCCCUACGGCAGAGAAGUGUGGGUGCCGUGUGUUUUUACCGCGCCCAGCCUACUCUCUUGGCUGUACACACACUUCCCUGAGAGCUGGGCUCUGAGCUUUGAUUGUCUGUUCUGGGUAAAGUAUUUUCUCUCAUCCUGUGCUUCUGAUAGAGGAUAAUAGGUUGUUAAGGGCCCUGGAGUACUGUGUUAGACCAAUCCAGAUGCAUCAUGAUGCAAUUGCUGCAUAAGACCACCACAGCUCUCGUCUUGAGGAGCCACUUGGUGAAAUCUGAACAAAUCACUCUGUGGACUAACCAUCUCAAUUGUUUUAGAGUUGAAGAAAACACAGUGCCUCUGACAAACUGGAGAUGACGGCUAAAUCCAAGAGUAGUUUCCCCAGAAACAUCCUGUCUUUGUUAGUUUCCUUUCUGUAACCACGGCAGCCACAUGUGUUGCUAACACAAGGUAGUUUUAAUGAGGAUUUUGUGAAGUUAAGCAUAGCUCUCCCACUAACACUAUUAGCAUGCUAAUGCAAUUAGGCAGCAUUCAAAGAGUUUGAUGAGCUCUCAGCUCUGGCCUGAGAAACUGUAGGGAAGUCCACCACCAGCUCCCCACCCAAUCUCCCAGAGCAGAUCAGAGAAUGGAAAUUACUCUAAAGCGUUUGAGGUAAUCCAACUCAAUUAAACGACACCGCUGUUAACGCCAUUGAAAUGCAAAGUAAACGCAGGACGUGAUGUAGUUGAUAUGCAAUCCCUGAAUCCCCGAUGUAUGGUUGCAGAUUUCUAGGCGGAUUCCAACUCGGCAACUUUAAAUCAUGUAAAAACAAAUUAAGGUAAUUUUUCAUUUGUAUGCCACAAUGCCCCCAAACAAAUAUUCAGUUUUAUGUUUACUGUACUUCUAUUCCAUAGUAUUGUGCAACCUUGCACACAUCCAUAAACAGACACACAUGCUCCCUGUCUGACUUCAAUACAAUUCACUUUAGUGUCAUGAAUAAUCAGCAUCUAACCGUCCCUGUCUCUCUCCAGGUGUUCUUCAGAGCGGGGACCCUGGCCAAACUGGAGGAGCGGAGAGACGUCCAGACCCGACGCAACAUCACCAUGUUCCAGGCUGCCUGCAGAGGAUACCUGGCCAGACAGGCCUUCAAGAAGAGGAAGGUGAGUGAGCGCUCUCAACCCGGAAAAGUAGUUCUUACCACCCCAAAGCCCAGCUCAGAUUAG